AUGACAUCUCAUUCCACUUCAGGGUUACCCUCUACAGAGGAAAAUGGAAAGAUAUCAAUAGAUUCAUCUGCAAUAAAUGAAAAUGACCAAGUACCUUUGGAAGACUAUGUUCCCUUACCUAUAUAUUCUGUUGAACCUGACCCAUGGGCACUUCCAGAACUGCAGAGUGCAGACGUUAAGUGGAAGGAUAUGGAUACUAAAGGGAAGAUUCUCUCUCUUCUAUUUUCUUGGGGAAGAAUACUUUUGUUACUUGGACUCCUUUACAUUUUUAUCUGUUCACUGGAUGUCCUCAGUUCUGCUUUUCAUCUUGCAGGAGGUAAAGCAGCUGGUGGCAUAAUCAAGGAUGACUCUGUCUUGAGGAAUCCAUUGGCUGGACUGAUGAUUGGAAUUCUAGUAACGAUAAUGGUCCAAAGUUCAAGUACCUCAACUUCUAUUGUAGUAAGCAUGGUAUCCUCUGGACUGAUAAAUGUCAGAAGAGCCAUCCCAAUAAUUAUGGGUUCAAAUGUUGGAACCUCUGUCACCAAUACCAUAGUUGCAUUAGUACAGGCUGGUAACAGAAAUGAUCUCAGAAGGGCUUUUGCUGGUGCAACUGUGCAUGACAUGUUCAACUGGCUUUCAGUUAUUGUGCUGUUGCCAGUCGAGCUUGCCACUGACUACAUAUAUUACAUUACAAAAAUAAUAGUGGACUCCUUUCAUAUUGAAAGUGGAAAAGAUGCUCCUGAUUUACUGAAAGUCAUUACCAAUCCUUUAACAAAGGUUAUUAUCCAGCUGGAUAAAUCAGUUAUCAGCGGAGUCACCAUUGGAGAUCCUGUUGCAGUUAAUAAAAGUUUCAUUAAAACCUUUUGUAAAACAGUUACUAAAAUGACUGUUUUGAAUGUAACAGUUCCUGGCCCUGAAAACUGUACUAAAGGAUUCUGCUGGACUGAUGCCCAUUUAACUUGGACAUUGAAAAACCAAUCACAAAAAAUAGGUGUUGAAAAAUGUAAUCACAUUUUUGUAAAUACUGCAUUGUCAGACAUUUCUGUUGGCAUUAUCUUGCUUAUCUUUUCAAUUCUUCUGCUCUGCACCUGUCUAAUUGUCAUUGUCAAGGUCCUUCACUCCUUGGUGAAAGGGAAAGUUGCUGCUGUCAUCAGAAAGACCACUAAUGCUGAUUUUCCAUUUCCAUUUGCAUGGGUGACUGGAUACAUUGCCAUUUUUGUUGGUGCAGGACUAACUUUUAUAGUUCAAAGCAGCUCUGUUUUUACAUCUGCAAUCACCCCACUAAUUGGUAUUGGUGUGAUAAGUAUUGAAAGGGCAUACCCACUUACUUUGGGCUCCAACAUUGGUACAACCACAACUGCUAUUUUCGCAGCACUCGCAAGUCCUGGAGGGACUCUUUCCAAUUCACUACAGAUUGCUCUUUGCCAUUUCCUUUUUAACUUGUCAGGAGUCCUCCUCUUCUAUCCCAUCCCCAUCACUCGUCUACCCAUACGUCUGGCAAAAUUCCUGGGUAAUCAAACUGCAGUGUACAGAUGGUUUGCUGUGGUAUAUUUGAUUAUAUCCUUUGUUAUACUGCCUUUAACUGUGUUUGGACUCUCGGUCGCAGGGUGGCAGUACUUGACUGGAAUUGGCAUCCCAUUUAUUAUGUUUGUUAUAGCUAUAAUUGUCAUUAACAUUAUGCAGUCUAAAUGUCCAAGAUUCUUGCCUAAUAUACUUAAGACAUGGGACAAUUUUCCUCUUUGGUUGCAUUCCCUGAAACCCUGGGACAAGGCCAUAACCUUGAUGUUGGACUUGUGCAAAAACAGGUUCUGUUGCAAAUACUGCCACGAUAAAUACUGUAAACUAAGUGGCAUCUCUGGAGUGAAGAAGAAUUCGGUAACGCCCAUUAAUAGACAAAAUGCUUCCCAAGGAAACCUGAAGGAGGAUAUUGUGAAAUUUAAAUAA